AUGGAGCAAGAUUCUACGAGGUCAAUGAUUUCUCGAGAUUUCUCAGUUCUAACAAGUCUGUUCAUUUUCUUGCUACCAUUCAUCCAUAUGGGAAAGACAAUUCGGGUGUUUGGCUUCCCUUAUCUUGUUGCUGCAGAAGCUGUCAAGACAUUCUUGGAGCUACAUACGGGCAGAGGAAAUGUAGUUGCCUUAGAAGUAAAGCAGUCCAAAGGAGGGCGAAGAGCAUUUGCCCGAGUACAAUUUAAGAAUAGCAUACAUGGCGAUAAAAUUAUUUAUUUGGCAGAAAAAGGCCUGUAUUAUGGUAGUUCUUAUUUGAAGGCUUGGGAAAUGGAUAUUGACAUCAUGCCAAAUCCAAGAACGUACCUGCAUGAAAUGGAAUGUGUAACUUUAAAUUUUGGAUGUCAAAUAUCGGCAGAGAAGUUUUCAGUGCUGUGGAAAAACACAGAUGUUUCCGUUAAAUUUGGAACUGGUAUGAAGAAAAUGUACUUCCUUUUCUGCUUUAACUCUGUUGAAUACAAGCUUCAGCUCUCGUACGAGAAUAUAUGGCAGAUUGUGCUAUAUUGUCCACGAGGUCAAACUGCGAAGCUUCUCCUUAUACAGUUAUUUGGUGCUCCCCGUAUCUACAAGAAGAUUAAUGAAUCUGUUUACAGCUAUUUUAAGGAAACUCCGGAUGAUCAGUGGAUUCGAACAACAGAUUUCACUCAAUCGUGUAUUGGACAAUCUUCUGGUGUGUGUCUGCAGCUCCCGUGCGGCAUGAAGCUUCCAAAUUUCCCAGAUAAUUUUGCUUACUACAAAGAAAGUGAGAGUCAAUUCAGUUUGGUGACUGGUUCUCCAUUUUGUCAAAAUUCAUCCCUAGUACCCAUUCUGCGUCCCCCUGGAGGAAUUGAAUUGCCGUGUAGUAUAUUGUUCAAGAUUUGCAGUUUGGUACAAACUGGAUGUCUUCCAGGACCAAUCCUAGAUGCCCAUUUUUUUAGGUUGGUUGAUCCACGAAGAAUAGAGAUUGGGUAUAUAGAGUCUGCUCUAGAGACACUUUACAUUUUGAAGGAAUGCUGCUAUAAUCCUGUGAGCUGGCUGAUGGAGCAGUAUGACAAAUACCGCAAGAUGAGACGGCCUCCAAAAUCACCUGCCAUUAGUUUAGAUGAUGGACUGGUAUACGUACGCAGGGUUCAAGUGACACCCAGCAAAGUGUAUUUCUCUGGUCCAGAAGUGAAUGUGUCAAACCGUGUGUUACGACAUUAUAGAAAAGAUAUUGAUAAUUUUCUUCGUGUUUCUUUCAUCGAUGAAGAGUGGGAGAAAAUGUAUUCUGCUGAUUUAUCCCCGAAGGUAGCUUCUGGAAAUGAGAAUAGACGAACAGAGAUUUUUGAAAGGAUAUUAUCAACGCUUAAAAAUGGCAUUGUUAUUGGUGAAAAGAAAUUUGACUUUCUUGCAUUUUCCUCAAGUCAGUUGCGGGAUAAUUCUGUUUGGAUGUUUGCUUCAACGGCUAAUGAUAAUGCUGAUAAAAUCCGUGGGUGGAUGGGCGAUUUUCGUUCCAUAAGAAAUGUGGCAAAAUAUGCUGCCAGACUUGGACAAUCUUUUGGAUCCUCAACGGAAACUUUGAGUGUUGGCAAGGAUGAGAUUGAAUAUAUUCCUGACAUAGAGAUCAGGUAUGGUGGCUACAAAGGUGUUGUGGCUGUUGAUCCCACUUCACGAAGGAAGUUGUCUUUGAGACCGAGCAUGUUGAAGUAUGAGUCACAAAACACAAAAUUAGAUGUUCUGGCAUGUAGUAAAUAUCAACCUUGUUUUCUGAAUCGCCAAAUCAUCUCUCUUUUGUCCACUCUUGGAGUCGAGGAUCAUGUCUUUGAGAAGAAGCAAAGAGAAGCAGUUGCUCAACUGGAUACUAUUUUAGUUGAUCCAUCGAGGGCAGAAGAGGCGCUGGAUUUGAUGUCUCCUGGAGAAAAUACAAACAUUCUCAAGGAAAUGCUAAGGUGUGGCUAUCAACCUGAUGGUGAACCAUUUCUCUCAAUGAUGCUACAAGCUUUUCGCGCAUCGAAGUUACUGGACUUGCGAAUGAAAUCAAGAAUAUUUGUUCCACAAGCUAGACAAAUGAUGGGAUGCCUAGAUGAAACUGGAAGUUUAGAAUAUGGCCAGGUGUUCGUUCAGUUUUCUAGUGCUGGGCGUAGACGAUUCUAUGAGGAUUUCAAUAAAUUCUAUGACAAUACGUCAGGUGAUUAUAAUUUCAUUGUUAAGGGAAUGGUUGCUGUUGCUAAAAAUCCGUGCUUGCACCCGGGUGAUGUGCGUAAAUUAGUGGCGGUUGAUGUGCCAGCGUUGUACCACAUGGUGGACUGUGUGGUUUUCCCUCAGAAAGGAAGAAGACCUCACCCAAAUGAAUGUUCCGGAAGUGAUUUGGAUGGAGACAUUUACUUUGUUUGUUGGGACCGUGACUUGAUUCCACCAAGGCAAUGCUCGCCUAUGGAUUAUACCCCAGCUCCAAGCACACAACAAGAUCAUGAUGUGACAAUCGAGGAAGUGGAGGAGUACUUCACCAACUACAUUGUGAACGACAGUUUAGGAAUCAUCGCCAAUGCCCACACAGUCUUUGCCGAUAAAGAACCAUAUAAGGCGAUGAGUGAACAUUGUAUAGAGUUGGCAAAGCUGUUCUCCAUUGCUGUUGACUUCCCAAAAACUGGGGUUCCUGCAGUAAUACCACCUCAUUUACGAGUGAAAGAAUAUCCAGAUUUCAUGGAAAAGCCCGACAAGACAACCUACGAAUCGAAACGUGUGAUAGGAAAGCUUUUUAGGGAUGUGAAAGACAUUGCCCCCCACACGGCUUCUAUUAAAUCUUUUACCCGUGAAGUGGCUAGGAAGUCAUAUGAUCACGAUAUGGAAGUAGAUGGAUUUGAAGAUUACAUUGACGAAGCAAUGUAUUGCAAAACUGAGUAUGAUUACAAGUUGGGUAAUCUGAUGGAUUACUACGGGAUAAAAACUGAGGCUGAAAUACUGAGUGGUGGCAUUAUGAAAAUGUCAAAGACUUUUGAUCGAAGACGAGAUGCAGAUGCCGUUGGUGCAGCUGUGAGGUCAUUGAGGAGCGAAGCUCGGAAAAUGUUCAAGAAAGGAAGUGAAUUGGACGAUAUGGAUGCAAAAGCAUCAGCUUGGUAUCAUGUCACAUAUCAUCCUAGCUACUGGGGUGUCUACAAUGAGGGACUGAAUCGGGAUCAUUAUAUUAGUUUCCCGUGGUGUGUAUACGACAAGUUGGUCCAGAUCAAGAAGGACAAGUCCAGCCUGAGAAGGUCCCUUCAAAUGUCUUCGCUUGAAAGGAACUUCAGUCGAGGUUUGAGUUUCACCUGA